GUCUCCAUGACUAUGAUGAGUCCUCAGCAGAUGCAGCAGCUUCUGUCCCCGGGUCAGCUCCAGGCUCUGCUCCAACAACAGCAACAUGCUAUCCUGCUCCAGCAGGUACAGCACAAUCCAAUCAACAUUACUAUACUAUGCUGUAUUACUAUACUAUUUGGUAUUUUAUUAGGAUCCCCAUUAGAUGUUGCAAAAGCAGCAGCUACUCUUCCUGGGGUCCACACAAAACAUGAAACAUGACAUAAUACAGAACAUUAAUAGACAAGAACAGCUCAAGGACAGAACUACAUCAAUUAAAAAAUAAUUUACUAUACUAUACUACAGAGGUCUUCAACCUUUUCUUGCCCAGGGACCACCGCCCAGCCAAUCCGGCGACCCAGCGACCCCCAUCAUAUGUUAGCAAAACAUGUUUUUUCCCACAUGUCUUGUCUUAUUGUCCUGUGAAUGGUAAUGGAAAAGACAAGUAAUCAACAUUUUAAAAUGAAUAGAUUUGGUAGAUAAUUUUUCAUUAUUUUGACCUCCCCACACUAUAAUUGGAAGAAGAGUAAACUUGCAGCAUAGCCUAUUGCUAGAAAAGGUAACUCCAUCCCAGGGCUGUGACGUUUAUGGAAUUUGGGGUAACGAUUAAUUGCCAUGCAAAUUCCCACAAUUAUUGUCAUAUUUUGUUAUUUUUGUUGAAAAAAGUUUUGAGCUUGUAAUGCAUCUUUGAAAAUUAUCUACGACAAAGCUAAUGAAUACAACACGGCUUUGGUGACACCCCUGUCUCAAAAACAAAUGGUUUUGACAGCUUACAACUUUUGGAAAUGAAGCUUCUCCUCCCAACUGUGUCAUUCUGCUCGUAAAAAUGAUUACCAACUUUACCCACUUUAAAAACUGAUACUGGGUAAACUAUAUCUACUUGAUUAUAAAGUUGAAUCCACCCUUCUCCUAAAUGAAUGUAUUAAUACGAUAAUUGUGUCAGCCCAAACUCAUGUUCGCUAAUAGCAGCUGUUUAGCUGGUUAAACAAGGUUUGUAUUUGUAUUUAUUAUGGAUCCCUAUUAGCUGCUGCCAAGGCAGCAGCUACUCUUCCUGGGAUCCGGUAAAAUUAAAGCAUUUAUACCAUUUUAAAACAUCCAGAGUGAUGCAGCGGUCUAAGGCACUGCAUCUCAGUGCUUGAGGCGUCACUACAGACCCCUGGUUCGAUUCCAGGCUGUAUCACAACCAGCUGUGAUUGGGAGUCCCAUAGGGCAGCGCACAAUUGGCCCAGGGUCGUCCGGGUUUGGCCGGUGUAGGCCGUCAUUGUAAAUGAGAAUUUGUUCUUAACUGACUUGCGUAGUUAAAUAAAAGGUUAAAUAAAAAAAUAAAAAAUAAAAAACUAUACGUUCAUAACAGAUUUCACAACACACUAAGUGUGUGCCCUCAGGUCCCUACUCCACUACAAUAUAUCUAAAACACAAAAUCUGUGUGUGUAUAGUGCGUAUGUUAUCAUGUGUCUGUGCCUAUGUUUAUGUUGUUUCACAGUUGCCACUGUUCCAUAAGGUGUAUUUAAAUCUGAUUCUGCUGCUUGCAUCAGUUACCUGAUGUGGAAUAGAGUUCCAUGUAGUCAUGGCUCUAUGUAGUAUUGUGCGCCUCCCAUAGUCUGUUCUGGACUUGAGGACUGUGAAGAGACCUCUGGUGGCACAUCUUGUGGGGUAUGCAUGGGUGUCUGAGCUGUAUGCUAGUUUUUUAAACAGACAGCUCGGUGCUUUCAACAUGUCAAUACCUCUCACAAAUACAAGUAGUGAUGAAGUCGAUCUCUCCUCCACUUUGAGCCAGGAGAGAUUGACAUACAUAUUAUUAAUGUUUGUUCUCUGUGUACAUCCGAGGGCCAGCCGUGUUGCCAUGUUCUGAGCCAAUUGCAAUUUUCCUAAUUCCCUCUUUGUGGCACCUGACCACACGACUGAACAGUAGUCCAGGUGUGACUAAACUAGAGCAUGUAGGACCUGCCUUGUUGAUAGUGCUGUUAAGAAGAUAGAGCAGUGCUUUAUUAUGGACAGACUUCUCCCCAUCCUAGUUACUGUUGUAUCAAUAUGUUUUGACCAUGACAGUUUACAAUCCAGGGUUACUCCAAGCAGUUUAGUCACCUUAACUUGCUCAUUUUCCACAUUAUUUAUUACAAGAUUUAGUUGAGCUUUAUGGUUUAGUGAAUGAUUUGUCCCAAAUACAAUGUUUUUUUUUUAUAUUUAGGACUAACUUAUUCCUUGCCACCCAUUCUGAAACUAACUGCAGCUCUUUGUUAAGUGUUGCAGUCAUUUCAGCCACUGUAGUAGCUGACGUGUAUAGUGUUGAGUCAUCUGCAUACAUAGACACACUGGCUUUACUCAAAGCAUUAGUAAAGAUUCAAAAAAGUAAGGGGCCUAGACAGCUGCCCUGGGGAAUACUGAAUUAUACCUGGAUUAUGUUGGAGAGGCUUCCAUUAAAGAACACCCUCUGUGUUCUGUUAGACAGGUAACUCUUUAUCCACAAUAUAGCAGGGGAUGUAAAGCCAUAACACAUAUGUUUUUCCAGCAGCAGACUAUGAUAGAUAAUGUCAAAAGCUGCACUGAAGUCUAACAAAACUUUUUAUCAUCAAUUUCUCUCAUCCAAUCAUCAGUUAUGUGUGUAAGUGCUGUCCUUGUUGAAUGCUCUUCCCCACAAGCGUGCUGAAAGUCUGUUGUAAAUUUUCUUUACUGUAAAAUAGCAUUGUAUCUGGUCAAACACAUUUUUUUCCAGAAGUUUACUAAGGGUUGGUAACAGGCUGAUUGGUCGGCUAUUUGAGCCAGUAAAGGGGCUUUAUUAUUCUUUGGUAGUGGAAUUACUUUUGCUUCCCUCCAGGCCUGAGGGCACACACUUUCUAGUAGGCUUAAAUUGAAGAUAUGGCAAAUAGGAGUGGCAAUGUCGUCUGCUAUUAUCCUCAGUAAUUUUCCAUCCACGUUGUCAGAUCCCGGUGGCUUGUCAUUGUUGAUAGACAACAAUCAUUUUUUUAUAUUUUCCGGAAUUUUAACCACUUUCCGGGGAUUUAAACGUUUUUACAGUCAUUUUCUUAAUGGGUGCAAGCUUAUUAGUAACUGGGAUAAGCAUUUUCAUAAAUGUGUCAACCUCAAUGUCUGUUUGCUCUUCAUUACACACCACGGACCAACAAAUAUUCUUUACAUCAACAACAAAGGAAUCACUACAAAACUUAUUGUAUGACUUCUUAUACACUAUAUUAUGCCCAGCCUUUGGAACUAGAUAUGGCUACUAUAUUAUAUCACUACAGCCCAUGGAUUUGGAUACUGCCUUCAAGCACAUUUCUGCAGUAUUAGUAAAGAUGUGAUCAAUACAUGUUGAUGAUUUAAUUCCUGUGCUGUUUGUAACUACCCUGGUUAGCAAUGUGUUGGAAAAGUGUAUGUCCAACUGAAGAGUUUAUUGCCAAAACGCUAUACACUGAGUGCACAAAACAUUAUGAACACCUGCUCUUUCCAUGACUUAGACUGACCAGGUGAAUCCAGGUGAAAACUAUGAUCCCUUAUUGAUGUCACUAACUAUUAUUUACAAUAACGGCCUACCCCGGCCAAACCCAGACGACGCUGGGCCAAUUGUGCGCCGCCCUAUGUCACUUGUUAAUCCACUUCAGUCAGUGUAGAUGAUGGGGAGGAGACAGGUUAAAGAAGGAUUUUUAAGCCUUGAGCCAAUGGAGACAUGGAUUGUGUAUGUGUGCCAUUCAGAGGGUGAAUGGGCAAGACAAAAUAUUAAAGUGCCUUAGAACAGGGUAUGAUAGUAGGUGCCAGGCACACCGGUUUGUGUCUAGAACUGCAACUCUGCUGGUUUUUUUUGACACUCAACUGUUUCCCCAUGUGUAUCAAGAAUGGUCCACCACCCAAAGGAUAUCCAGCCAACUUGACACAACAGUGGGAAGCAUUGGAGUCAACAUGGGCCAGCAUCCCUGUGGAACGCUUUCGACACCUUGUAGAGUCCAUGCCCCGAUGAAUUGAGUCUGUUUUGAGGGGGGGGGGGGGGUGCCCAACUCAAUAUUAGGAUGUGUUCCUAAUGUUUCGUACACUCAGUGUAUAUCAAUUUUCCCAAAUGUUGGUAAAUUAGCAUUUUUUGUUUAAAGAACUUAUGAAAGAGAUUGGUGUGUUUUUUUAACUAUCUAAUCAUGACAUGGGGUUGUUCAAUGAAAGACGUAUUUGUUUGAAAUCGAUCAAUUGAUGGUUACAUUUCAGAGAGACAUGUUUUUUUGCAAAACGCCAUAUAUCUGCCUCACUCUGAGAAAUAAAUAGUACUGCUAGGUUUUAUACUAUAAAACACGUAGUUAUUUGUUACAUUUGACUAAGAACUGCACAAAUAAUACAUUUGUGACGGCAAAAUAUGUUUUGCAUUAAUCAAUACAGUAAUGAGAUCUGUAUAUAAAACAUUUACAUUUGACAUUUUAGUAAUUUAGUAAAUGCUCUUAUCCCGAGUGACUUACAGUUAGUGCAUUCACAUAUCAUCAGUAAAUGAACAUUUCAUUCCAGCUAGACAAUGGAUAGUGUUUUGCAAAAAACAACAUUUUAAUACACACCUAAAAGUUAUUAAUAAAAAAUCUGAGCACAGUAAUAUUUUACACACACAUGAAGGUACCAAUAAACAAUCAUUUCUGGCAACAACAAAAAAAAAAACACAAAUGUUAAAAAUUUGUGGAUUUAACAUUUCGGAAAUAAACUCUCCAAGUCAAGAAAGCUUGCCAGCAGCCAGCGUCACUUACCGCGACUGGUACUUUCGGGUGCUUUUUCAAAGCCUAUGUCAUAUACUCCAGUGAGUGAAAUUAGCUCCAAUCAGUAUAAUUUGCUCAAUAUUCGGAGUUGAGAAAUAAAGUUGACGUCAUUAGAAAGAAGAUAUUCACCCCUUUUAUACUAUAGGUAUGUAAUUUUAAAAAAAUGUCGGUUGUUGCUAGUGAAAUUCAUAAAAACAUUGCAAUAAAAUAAAUCCACUUUUUUAAAAAUAUAUAUUUUCACGGACACCCUGUAGUCCCUCCGCAGACCCCCGGUUGAACGCCCCUGCUAUACUAUAUGAUACUAUAAUGUAAUGUCACUGUUCCAGGCUGUAGUCCCCACCUGCUUUAAGGAGACCACCAUCAUCCCAGUGCCCAAGAAAAACAAGGUGACAUGUCCAAAUGACUAUAGCUCCAUCGCACUCAACUCGGUCAUCAUGAAGUGCUUUGAGAGGCUGGUCAUGGCCCACAUCAAGCCCAGCAUGCCAGGCACACUGGACCCACUCCAAUUUGCCUACCGCUCCAACAGAUCCACGGAAGAUGCCAUUUCCAUCGCUAUUCAUUCACUAUUCAUUCGACAAGAGGAACACCUACUGUAUGUGAGCAUGCUGUUCAGCAUUCAACACUAUUGUUCCCUCCAAGCUUGACACCAAGCUCAGAGCCCUGGGUCUGGACACCACCCUCUGCAGCUGGAUCCUGGACCUCCCGAAGGGCAGACCACAGGCUUUGAGGAUUGGCAACAACACUUCCUCCACACUGACUCUUAACACAGGGACUCCCCAGGCGUCUGUCCUCAGUCCUCUGCUGUACUCCCUGUUCACCCACGACUGGUUGGCUUUGCACGACACCAACUCCAUCAUCAAGUUUGCUGAUGACACCACGAUUGUAGGCCUGAUAACCAACAACGACGAGUGAGCCUAUAGGGAGGAGGUAAGUGAACUGGCAUUAUUUUGUAAUGACAACAACCUCUCCCUCAACGUAAGCAAAACAAAGGAAUUGAUUGUUGACUUCAGGAAGCAGAGGAGGGAACAUGCCCCGAUCCACAUCAAUGGGACUGCAGUAGAGAGAGUUUUAAGUUCCUCGGCAUCCACAUAAAAGAGGACUAUUUAUGGACCAACAACACCACCACUCUUGUCAAGAGGGCGCAACAGUGUCUCUACUUCCCAACGUGGCUGAAGAAAUUCGGCAUGCCUGCUCCAGGUCCUCUCCACAUACUACCGCUGCUGUUCUCUCCCUUACUGUGGGGCAGAUGGUAUCGAAGCAUGAGGUCUGAUACCAACAGGCUCAGAGACAGUUUCGAUCUACAAGGCAUCAGACUGCUGAACACUUGAACUGGACUGACCACCUGCUCUGAUUCUCCGCACCUUAGCACACAUGCACUCAUUCAUGCACACACACACACACAUACAUUCAUGCUGAACACACAUCACAACUGCUGCUACCAGACUCUUAUUAUAAUGCUCAGUUUAUACACUGCCCCCCUCCCUCCCUCCAAUACACAUGUAAAUACAGUGGGGUAAAAAAAGUAUUUAGUCAGCCACCAAUUGUGCAAGUUCUCCCACUUAAAAAGAUGAGAGAGGCCUGUAAUUUUCAUCAUAGGUACACGUCAACUAUGACAGACAAAUUGAGAAAGAAAAUUCCAGAAAAUCACAUUGUAGGAUUUGUAAUGAAUUUAUUUGCAAAUUAUGGUGGAAAAUAAGUAUUUGGUCAAUAACAAAAGUUUAUCAAUACUUUGUUAUAUACCCUUUGUUGGCAAUGACACAGGUCAAACGUUUUCUGUAAGUCUUCACAAGGUUUUCACACACUGUUGCUGGUAUUUUGGCCCAUUCCUCCAUGCAGAUCUCCUCUAGAGCAGUGGUGUUUUGGGGCUGUCGCUGGGCAACACGGACUUUCAACUCCCUCCAAAGAUUUUCUAUGGGGUUGAGAUCUGGAGACUGGCUAGGCCACUCCAGGACCUUGAAAUGCUUCUUACGAAGCCACUCCUUCGUUGCCCGGGCAGUGUGUUUGGGAUCAUUGUCAUGCUGAAAGACCCAGCCACGUUUCAUCUUCAAUGCCCUUGCUGAUGGAAGGAGGUUUUCACUCAAAAUCUCACGAUACACGGCCCCAUUCAUUCUUUCCUUUACACGGAUCAGUCAUCCUGGUCCCUUUGCAGAAAAACAGCCAAAAAGCAUGAUGUUUCCACCCCCAUGCUUCACAGUAGGUAUGGUGUUCUUUGGAUGCAACUCAGCAUUCUUUGUCCUCCAAACACGACGAGUUGAGUUUUUACCAAAAAGUUCUAUUUUGGUUUCAUCUGACCAUAUGACAUUCUCCCAAUCCUCUUCUGGAUCAUCCAAAUGCACUCUAGCAAACUUCAGACGGGCCUGGACAUGUACUGGCUUAAGCAGGGGGACACGUCUGGCACUGCAGGAUUUGAGUCCCUGGCGGCGUAGUGUGUUACUGAUGGUAGGCUUUGUUACUUUGGUCCCAGCUCUCUGCAGGUCAUUCACUAGGUCCCCCCGUGUGGUUCUGGGAUUUUUGCUCACCGUUCUUGUGAUCAUUUUGACCCCACGGGGUGAGAUCUUGCGUGGAGCCCCAGAUCGAGGGAGAUUAUCAGUGGUCCUGUAUGUAUUCCAUUUCCUAAUAAUUGCUCCCACAGUUGAUUUCUUCAAACCAAGCUGCUUACCUAUUGCAGAUUCAGUCUUCCCAGCCUGGUGCAGGUCUACAAUUUUGUUUCUGGUGUCCUUUGAUAGCUCUUUGGUCUUGGCCAUAGUGAAGUUUGGAGUGUGACUGUUUGAGGUUGUGGACAGGUGUCUUUUAUACUGAUAACAAGUUCAAACAGGUGCUAUUAAUACAGGUAACGAGUGGAGGACAGAUGAGCCUCUUAAAUAAGAAGUUACAGGUCUGUGAGAGCCAGAAAUCUUGCUUGUUUGUAGGUGACCAAAUACUUAUUUUCCACCAUAAUUUGCAAAUAAAUUCAUUAAAAAUCCUACAAUGUGAUUUUCUGGAUUUUCUUUUCUCAAUUUGUCUGUCAUAGUUGACGUGUACCUAUGAUGAAAAUUACAGGCCUCUCUCAUCUUUUUAAGUGGGAGAACUUGCACAAUUGGUGGCUGACUAAAUACUUUUUUUCCCCACUGUAUUGGACUAUAAAUUGUGCCUUCAUGUAUUAUACUUAUGCUAAAAUGUUUAUUCUAUUCUACUGAGCCAUUUACUUUAUGUUCGUAUUCUUAUCUUUUAUUAUUUCCUAUUGUUGUUGCAUUGUUGAGAAGUAACCCACAAGUAAGUAAGUGUUGCAGUACUUGAAACUUGUCUUGCAUAAUCUGUCCAACUAAAAUGCAUAUUGCGUGUGUUUCUACGCUAGUGGACAAUGAGGCCAAGAUUAGGUGUCCAUAUUAGGACAGCCUCAGAGUCACUCGGACUACAGCACAGCCUCAAAACUCCAAGUGACACUGACACAACUUCUAUGGACGUGUGAAUAUGAACACUGUAAACAUAGACACUGAACCCUUAGCAUCUCUCACUCACUCUCUCACUCAGCUCUCUAGGCAGCAGCUAGUGUUCCAGCAGCUCCUCCAGCAGCAGCUGUUCAAAGUGCAGAGACCAGGCCUGGCCUCCCACACCUUGUCUCCAGGUAAAUCCUCUCUACUGUAGCUAACUCCUUGGUUUACUUAGCGCCGGGGUUCCCAAACUUUUUUGGCCCGUGACCCCAUUUUGAUAUUUUAAAAAAAUCACGGCCACACCAAAAAAAGUAAUGAAAUCAACAGCCAAUGUUUACUUUUUUAUUUGGGGCUAUGACAGUCUAUUACAAAUCAGUCUGACAGUACUUUCAAUCUGAAGGAAGUAUGGUUUGAAGGGUAACGUUUUACUUUGACCUCACAGCCAUUACGCAUUCAUUACACCUCUAUAAACAUUUAAUGAUUGUUAUAAAAGGUCCCAACCGCAUUAUUAAAGGUUCAUGAAAUAUUUUCAUAGUAUAUCUAUAGAGCAUUCAUGACAUGCUAUGCAAGAGCUCAUAUUUAGGUAUCGUGAUAGAUGUAGUGUCCUCAUUAUAGCUGUUCUCAAAACUGUGUUUUAUAUAUUAUGCUGAUAUAUAGCCUAUACCAGCCCCAUUUCCCCCACCGGCCAGUUUACUACUAAUACAGCUACUACUACUACUACUACUACUACUCCUCGAGGUCAAUUGUGCAUGAAGAUCCCCACACGGUUAAAUCCUCAGGGUAAAUUUUAUGGAUCAAAUUGCGUAUUUGAGGGUCAUAUCAAAACUUUAUCGUAAGUCAUUACCAGCCCUCCUCCACAUCAGUAUUAAGUUGGUCAUACUGGUCUAUAACGCACACAUGAAGGGUCUAUGUAUGAAUUCUAUGCAGUCAAUGUAAAGUAAAAUCUAUUUUCCCAUUCAUAAAGCAUUUAUAAACAUUACUCACUUAUCAAAAAGAAUAUGGACACAACACAGAAUGUUAAUAAAAAAUGUACUUUUCCUUAGAAUUUACCAGAUGUAAUGUUAGCUAGCGCUGAGGACCUCGCCGAAGAAUCCUUGCUACAAUUUACACUAUUUUUUUUUCUUUAAUAGAUUGAACAAAGAUUCAUAUUCAAACCAUUCAAAUUCAAUUGCCCAAUUCAGACUCAUAACAAUAACUAUUAUAGUGUGUAAAAUGUUCUAACACAGGGUGGUAAAGCUAGAUAUGAGGUCUUUCAUAGCAUAACAUGAAUGCGCUAUAGAUAUAUUUCAUUAACCUUUAAUAAUGCAUUUCGGACCUGUUCUAACACAUUCAUGAAAUGCUUAUAGAUGUGUAAUGAAUGCAUAUUGGAUGUAGUCAAAGUAAAAUUUUGUUACCUCAGAAUAUCAUCCGGCAAUUGUGUAUGAUCUUCUGUGUAGAAAUGAACACAAUCAUUGCUUUCAAUUAUGUUCCCCCCCGCAUUUAGCGGAUAUCGGAGGUUACUCACGUUACCACAGUUCUAUGAACCAAGCAGCGCAUGUCAUUAUUUUCCAGAGUUUCCCUCGCGACCCCAUUUUCAAAUCAGGCGACCCAACAUAUUCUCAUCAAGUAGACUCUUAAAUCUUCCCUUACUUCCACUGCUCAGAAAGACUCAAGUAUGACUAUACCCCUACCUACACAUACUCUCUCCCUAAAGCUAUACCCUUUAACCCCAGUGUUGCAAGGUAAUAUUGUACAUGUAUGUCUGUGUGUUUCAGCUGGCUUGAGUACUAUUGAGCUCCAGCAGAUAUGGAAGAAGCUGACCAAUGGCACAAUGGAAGAUAAAAGCACAAAGGCUAGCUGUCCAGACCGUUUCACCGCCACCACCAGCACCCUGUCCCCUACUGAACCCAUAACCACAGCCAAAGCAUCAAUGUCAACCACCCACAACUUCCCUACCAACGGCCAAUAUCUUAGUUCCAGCCCAGGACAAGGGUAAAGCAUUCUCCAUAACACUUUACAAUAAAGGUAUAUGGAUUAGAACCCUUACGGCACAUGUGUCAAGCAUUAAGGCCAGCUGGCCGAAUCCGACGCAUGACACAUUUCUAUCCGGCCUGCGCAAUUAUUUGGGUUGUCAAUUCAUUUUGGCCAGCUUCCAUACAGCCCGCAAUGCUCUGCACUACAAGUCACAGCAAGCACUGCCAACGUGCUGCACGCCAAAUGGCAGUGCAUUGCCACACACACACCCCUCUUCCCAACCCACACACACUCACCAGCCAUCCAGUGCACUGUACCAUAUCAUCACUAAUGGCAUUGACCAAAUAUUCUACCAGACCAAAAGUUUAAAGGUGUUGUAGGCUAAAUGUCCAUGCCAAGUUUCGGUUCCAACAGAAAAUAUAAUCUUGGUUGUCAAAAAGUUAUAUGAUGCAGUAAAGGAUUCACACGCGUUUAUAAAUUACUGUACUAUUAAAGUACAAUAGUACACACAAGUGAGUAUAAAUGAGUCAACAGUUGAGUCAUCUACUUUAUGAAAAUGAUGUGCUCACAUCUGUGAAUUCAACAUCGAUUGUGCUGCUUUCGUGUGUAUGGAGGGAAAGUGUACAGACACAUGGCACAGUCCUAGCUAAGCUACUAAAAUGUUGCACUCUGGCUUUGGUUUUAAAAGCUUGACAAUGAAUAACCAAAAAACUAAACCUGCAACAAAUCACCAUGCAACGGAGAAACAUGUAGGCCUAUUACAGCAACAUUUAAGUAGUUGCCUAGGCUGGCUAGUCAACUACAAGACAUUUUGAGUGCACCAUACAGAAAUGCUGCAUUCAACCACACCAGAAACAUGUUUUAAUUUUAAAUGUUAAACCAACCUAACUACAUUUUUGUUAUUUGGAGUUAUUAAAUACUUUUUGAUUAGGGUCACAGCAUAUUAUGCAAGUAUAGCAGCAAAGGCUGCACAAAUAUUAUUGGUCUUAUUUUGUUUUAAGAUGUUAAAAAUGCUUUACACAACGGGUGGGUCUAAUCCUGAAUGCUGAUUGGUUAAAAGCGUAUUCCAGCCGGUGUCUAUUCCACAAGUUACCACCGGCUAAAUCUAUGACAUUAAAAUGCCUAUUUACCCUGUUCUAUCUGACUGCGCAAUCCACUGUCUAAUCAGAACAGCCAAGCAAUUAAUAAACUUGAUCUCCACCAUAAAAAGCAUCUAGACAUUAUCUUACAUUUCUUUUAGACUAACAUUUAGUUUUCAUCUUCGUCAUAUAUACAUAAGUGGACAUUAUGAAGAGCCAUAUUUUUUUAAUAAAACAAUGGACAGUUUGGGUUGCAGUUGUAUGCAAAAAAAUAAAAAGAUAAUAGGCUAUGUCUUGCCCACGAAUUUGUUGUAUUUUCUCAAUAUGGCCCUUGUGCUGAUUGAGUUUGAGACCCCUGCCUUAGGGUAAAGUGGUACCACUUUCUCUGUGCAGCCUACUGAAAAAAUACAGUUAAAACGGUCUGUUUGUAAACAUCAAUGAAGAUGUUAGCCACAGACAGCUUCACUUACCCAAGUCGUUUGUUCUCAAUUUUAGUAAGAGUGCACGUUUAUUCCCACUGGGACUACGUAUUUUGUUUGUUUGUUGUUUUGCUUUAGGUUUUUAUCAGCAAAAUCUGUAGUAACGUUUAUAGUAAAACACUGUAGCAGCUUGUUCAAAAUCAAAAGCAAGGUGUUUUUCAUUUUGAUUUUAACCCCUCAUUGUUCCUCAUACGCUGUAAAAAAAAAAGAAAAAAAUAUAUAUAUAUUAUUUUUGUUUUUAAUGUUUUAUCUUUAUGAUGCUGAUGCUCUUUUGUAUGUGUAACCCUUCCUCCUGUACCUACAGCUUGCUGAAUGUGGAUCGAGCAAUCAUACACUCACUCUAUGGAUAUGGUGUGUGUAAUUGGCCGGGCUGUGAGUCUGUUUGUGAAAACAUCAGCCAGUUUAUCAAGUACGUUUUCCUAUGGAGAGUGUAUGUAUAGUGUAUAAACUCGGAGAGCAGUUUCUGUGUGCGCGUGUGUGUGUAUCACCCCAGUAACUCAUGUGAGCGUUCUCAGGCACCUGAGUAUUGAGCACAUGCUGGAUGACAGGAGCACGGCCCAGUGCAGAGUCCAGAUGCAGGUGGUGCAGCAGUUAGACCUCCAGGUGAGUGAGUGAGUGAGUGAGUGAGUGAGUGAGUGAGUGAGUGUGUGAGAGACACUGUUGUGACGGAGUACCUCAGCUCAAACUACUCUGGGGUCUCUUCACCUCCUCUCGCUCCCUCUAUCCCUUGGUACCUUUCUCUCUCCUCUCCCUCCCUCUUUCCUCCUCCUCUUGCACUCUCUCUCCUCCUUUCUCGCUCCACCUCUCCUCUAUCAGCUCUCUAAAGAACGGGACCGUCUCCAAGCUAUGAUGGCCCACUUGCACCUGUCACCUUUGGAACCACAGUCCCCUUCCAAACCUGUAAGUAUACAGACAGACCACACGUAAAAAGCCUAUAGUAUCUCACAGAAAAUGACCUAUUCAGUCAACAGGUAUAACGCGCUUUGAAGAAUGACGAGUUGUGAACAACAGAGAAAUAGCUAUAUGAUUCUAAAUUGUAUGGUUCUUUAGAGAUAAUGCUAUACCAUAAAUAUCCCAUCAGAAAUCCAAGUAUAGGUGUAGGUGACACUAUACACGAGCAUGAGCAGGCAAAUGAUACCUACUGUAUGCGUCCCAAAUAGCCCUGAGUAUACAAAACAUUAAGAACACCUGCUCUUUCCAUGACAUAGACUGACCAGACCACGCUCACCAGUUUCCUGUGUGUAUCAAGAAUGGUCCACCCAAAGGACAUCCAGCCAACUUCACACAACUGUGGGAAGCAUUGGAGUCAACAUGGGCCAGCAUCCCUGUGGAACGCUUUGGACACCUUGUAGAGUCCAUGCGCCGACAAAUUGAGUCUGUUCUGAGGGCAAAAGGGGAUGCAACUCAAUAUUAGGAAGGUGUUUGUAAUGUUUCGUACACUCAGUUGAUAUGAGUCCAGAUCUAUAAUAAGUGAGGUUAUAUCUGAUUGUAAAAGGUGCAGCAUGGGAUGAAAGCACCAACAGUUCUGCCCCUUUGGCCUGGAGUGAAUGAGGGAAACCGUCAUAGUCCUUGUGGAUCUCUUAGCGGCCUACAAGGGGAGUCAGACUUCUCUUAUCAGGAUCACUGGGCCUAGAGAACACUAACAGAGGCUAUUGUAAAAAUUUGAUGUGUAAGCAAUUGUUGAGCAAAAGGUGCCUGCGUGUGUAUAUGAAAAGCUAAGGUGACAUUUGACCUCUACCAACCACAUCAAAAUGGAAGAUGAGAGAUUUUAGUUAGUCAUUUUUGAGAGAAUGUUUUCAAAUGGACUCAACAGGUUGCCCACAUUCAAUUGGUAUUGCUUUUUCAGAAGAUGACUGUCCUUCAUUAUAUUUCUUUAUUAAGGGUUCACAGCGAAGCUGUGAAACCUUUUGUUAUUCUCUGAAUGCUAUUUUUUUUCUUGACAUGGUCAAAAAACUCAAGCAUAGAUUAACUUGGCAUUCAGAAAGUAGAGGCCAUGAGUAAGUUGGUUAAAAAAUAAUGUCACCGAUUGGCCUAUAGCUGGUGCUGUUAUAACCAGUCUCACUUAAACCCUCAUAUCCGCUGCCCCGUUUGACCUAGAGACUUGAAACGUUGUAUGUAGGUGUCUUUAUUCAUGCUGAACCAAUUUGCCUCAAGGUUGUUUCAUAACUGAUAUUUCCUAUAAAAUAAAAACUUGUUCAAAUCAUUGAUCACAGUAAGAUUUAGUUUUUUUUUUAAUGCUGUUUACAUCAGACCGUGAUCAGACAUUUUGUAGACAGCAGGCUAAGACACAAGCUUGGAUAAUAGAGAAGCUAAUUAUUAACUAAUCUAGCUAACAUGGUGCUGUAAUCACAAUACUUAUGAUACAAUUUCACCCUUUAAUCACUGAUGAUUGACUUCCUUCUCCAAAGGAUAUUAGUGGAAACACCACUGAUGAAGCAAAUCCAAUCGCAUCGAUCACAGCCAUUUAAAAAGCUCCCUCCUCUCCCUCUGGUCUGUUUCUUUCCUCUCCUCCCCUCCCCUCUCACUUUGUUUCUCUCUCUCCUUUUCCACCCUGGUCUGUGUUGUUUCUCUUCUUCUUCUUCUUCUUCUUCUUCUUCUUCUUCUUCUUCUUCUUCUUCUUCUUCUUCUUCUUCUUCUUCUUCUUCUUCUUCUUCUUCGUGUGCAGCAGAGUUCUGGGUCCAGUGUCACCAUGUCCAAGAGCCUGCCACCACUGUCCCCUCCAGAUGACCCUCGGGUAUCCCCAACGGCCCCUGUCACCUCCCAAUCCCCACCCCAGGGGCCUGCAGGACUCUGCCCCACAAGUGUGGGGGCAAUGCGAAGACACCACUCAGACAAGCACCCCUCUCUCUGCUCUCUGUCUUCAGGUAACAACCCGCAUAGAUGUCAACACAGUCCAUACUGAAUAGAUGUACAUAGCUUUGUCCCUGCUUCACUGUUGCUCCAGUCUUGUGAUAUGAGAAAGUAAAUAUUGUCCUUUGCAUGUCCUUUUCAAUAUCAUCUGUGACAUGUAUUUAAUACUCAGGAUCUUUGCUGAAUAUUAACCAAGCUGGUUGAAAUAUCCUUGUGAAUGAAAUUAACCAAUUGUGCAAUGUAUUUAUUUUUUAAAUAGAAAUUAGCCCAAAUCAUGAGAUGUACAGAAAUGCAUAUAUCAGGCCACCUUUUACCUAUGCUACGCUGAUAAGACAGGUAAGAAGAAAUUAACUUAACUUGUUAACUUGUAGUUUCCCCUGUAAUCCCUGUGUAAAAAGGUGUAUAUCAGCAGUCGCCCCAUUUGAUGGGUUACAACCUACAUGUUUUUAUUGUCAUCGUUUUAGGCUAUAAUGGAUGCAUCGGACAUGCAGUUAACACUUAAUGAGAUAUACAGCUGGUUUACACAGACCUUUGCCUACUUCAGACGCAAUGCUGCAACGUGGAAGGUACUAUACUGACUUAAUCUUUGUUAUAAUGUUGGUUAUGAUUUACAAGUUGAAAAUGAUAGUGUACAGCAUCCAUAUUAGGAAGUCGUCAGUUGUCAGUUUUGUCUGACAAGUGACGACUUCCUAAUAUGGAUGCCAUAAUUGUGAUAACGUCUCCCUUGAGUUCUGUAUGUGCAGCCUUUUCUGACCCUAUAAUCCCUGUAAAACACACACAGAAUGCAGUCCGCCACAACCUGAGCCUGCACAAGUGUUUUGUGCGUGUGGAAAACGUGAAGGGGGCCGUGUGGACAGUGGACGAGGUGGAGUACCAGAGAAGGAGGUCUCAGAAGAUCACAAGGUAUUGUAUAUUGGGUUGAUACUUUUAUAAAAUGAUAUAGAGCAUACAGUUAUUUAUUUAUUUCACCUUUAUUUACCCAAGCAAGUCAGUUAAGAACAAAUUCUUAUUUACAAUGAAGAGAGUGUUAUGACUCUAAAUUGGCCUUUUAUACAGUAUUUUGUACACAUACUGUAUGUAUUUGUUUUACGGAGGUCUAUUCUAAAAUGCACGGCUGUCCAGAUUUUUUUAACUUUGUUUUGAAAGGAAAGAGAUCGAACCAGUCAGAUUUAAUUCGUGUCAGUUAAACCUUGCCUCUAACUAUAUAAUUUGCCUUUGAGUUGUAUUGAUUUACUGGCCCUUUAUAUGAAAUGUACAGUAUGAGAACAUAUUGCUAUAACAACUUGUCAUUUUGUAGAAGCCCAAUGCUAGGGAAGAAACUUCUCUCCAGCCUGGCUUAUGGGACUGCUCUUAAUACCAGUUUAAAAGUGAGUGUACCUUUAUUAAUAAUCUUCAGAACUGUUACAAAAUGCAUUUCACUGUACUUGUGCAUGAACAUUAAAACUUGAAACUUAAUGAUGUUAACUGUAAGGAUUUCUUUCCUAAUAAUAAUGUAAAAUUAACACAUUUGAAGAAAGACCUGUGUGAAGGCCAACUUACAGAAGAGGAACUUUUUGUAGCAAUUAAAUCUUUUCAGUCUGGAAAAACACCAGGGCUUGAUGGUAUACCAGCAGAGGUAUAUCAGCAUGUUUUAAUUAAUCUAUAAAAAUGGUAGACUUUCAGGUACUCAACAAGAAGGUCUGAUUUCAUUACUACUAAAACAGGACCCAGGUGGUAAGUAUAAAGAUCCAGUCCAUUUAAAAAAACUGGAGUCCUCUUACACUUCAAUGUUGUGAUGCGAAAAUCCUGGCGAAAUGCAUAGCACAUAGAAUAAAAAACGUUUUACUAGAUAUUGUUCAUCCUGAUCAGACAGGUUUUUUACAUGGACGAUAGAUAAUAUAUGACAAUUACUUAAACAAUUGAACAUUAUGAAACAUCAAAGAUACCAGGCCUGUUCUUCAUAUAAGAUUUUGAAAAGGUGUUUGAUAAAGUAUGACUAGAAUCUAUAUAUAAACGCCUGGAUUACUUUAAUUUUGGUGAAUCUCUUACAGUGGAGGGAAAAAAGUAUUUGAUCCCCUGCUGAUUUUGUACGUUUUCCCACUGACAAAGAAAUGAUCAGUCUAUAAUUGUAAUGGUAGGUUUAUUUGAACAGUGAGAGACAGAAUAACAACAACAAAAUCCAGAAAAACGCAUGUCAAAAAUGUUAUAAAUUGAUUUGCAUUUUAAUGAGGGAAAUAAGAAUUUGACCCCCUCUCAAUCAAAAAGAUUUUUGGCUCCCAGGUGUCUUUUAUACAGGUAACGAGCUGAGAUUAGGAGCACACUCUUAAAGGGAGUGCUCCUAAUCUCAGCUUGUUACCUGUAUAAAAGACACCUGUCCACAGAAGCAAUCAAUCAAUCAGAUUCCAAACUCUCCACCAUGGCCAAGACCAAAGAGCUCUCCAAGGAUGUCAGGGACAAGAUUGUAGAACUACACAAGGCUGGAAUGGGCUACAAGACCAUCGCCAAGAAGCUUGGUGAGAAGGUGACAACAGUUGGUGCGAUUAUUCGCAAAUGGAAGAAACACAAAAGAACUGUCAAUCUCCCUCGGCCUUGGGCUCCCUGCAAGAUCUCACCUCGUGGAGUUGCAAUGAUCAUGAGAACGGUGAGGAAUCAGCCCAGAACUACACGGGAGGAUCUUGUCAAUGAUCUCAAGGCAGCUGGGACCAUAGUCACCAAGAAAACAAUUGGUAACACACUACGCCGUGAAGGACUGAAAUCCUGCAGUGCCUGCAAGGUCCCCCUGCUCAAGAAAGCACAUAUACAGGCUCGUCUGAAGUUUGCCAAUGAACAUCUGAAUGAUUCAGAGGAAUUGGGUGAAAGUAUUGUGGUCAGAUGAGACCAAAAUCGAGCUCUUUGGCAUCAACUCAACUCGCCGGGUUUGGAGGAGGAGGAAUGCUGCCUAUGACCCCAAGAACACCAUCCUCACCGUCAAACAUGGAGGUUUGGGAGUGUUUUUCUGCUAAGGGGACAGGACAACUUCACCGCAUCAAAGGGACGAUGGACGGAGCCAUGUACCGUCCAAUCUUGGGAGAGAACCUCCUUCCCUCAGCCAGGGCAUUGAAAAUGGGUCGUGGAUGGGUAUUCCAGCAUGACAAUGACCCAAAUCACACGGCCAAGGCAACAAAGGAGUGGCUCAAGAAGAAGCACAUUAAGGUCCUGGAGUGGCCUUGCCAGUCUCCAGACCUUAAUCCCAUAGAACAUCUGUGGAGGGAGCUGAAGGUUCGAGUUGCCAAACGUCAGCCUCGACACCUUAAUGACUUGGAGAAGAUCUGCAAAGAGGAGUGGACAAAAUCCCUCCUGAGAUGUGUGCAAACCUGGUGGCCAACUACAAGAAACGUCUGACCUCUGUGAUUGCCAACAAGGGUUUUGCCACCAAGUACUAAGUCAUGUUUUGCAGAGGGCUCAAAUACUUAUUUCCCUCAUUAAAAUGAAAAUCAAUGUAUAACAUUUUUGACAUGCGUUUUUCUGGAUUUUUUUGUUUGUAUUCUGUCUCUCACUGUUCAAAUAAACCUACCAUUAAAAUUAUAGACUGAUCAUUUCUUUGUCAGUGGGUAAACGUACAAAAUCAGCAGGGGAUCAAAUACUUUUUUCCCUCACUGUAUGUCUGUAAUUUAACAAUGAAGUAAGGUAUUGCGGAAGUUUGCACAAGAGGGCCUUUGUUUAAGGGCCUUAUAAACAAAAAGAGAGCAGUGCAUUGAUCUACGAGACUUAAGAGAGGGCCAGCCUUGCUGAUACAGAAUGCAGUGAUGUGUACUGAACCUAUCGCCCAUUAUAAAGAAUAGUGUGCUAUGAUAAACUGUGUCUAGUGGCUUUAAUACAGUGGCAAUUGCAUUCAUAUAAACGAUAUCGCCAUAGCCUAAAGCCGGAAUGAAUAUAGACUGUAUGAUUUGUUUUUCUGCUUUUUAACAAAAGGCAUGCCCUAUUCAACAGAAUGGGCAACAGAAUACUCUGUAAAUAAUUUUGUAUUUGAACCCAGGUCUGCAAGACGCUGAUUAUUUAUUAUUUACCUUUAUUUAAUCAGGGAGUCACCAUUGAGACCAGUGUCUCUUUUACAAUGGAGCCCUGCAUAUACUAUUUCAUAAAAUACAUACAAAAUCAAAUACAAUAUAAAAUAAAUAAAAUACAGCAUAACACAUAUUACACAAACAAACAUAAAUAUACACAAAACACAGUCAACUAAAACAAAUACAUUCUUCGUUAUAAAAAUCCUCUGUCCACUGCCUGAACUGCACUAGGUACAAUAACACAUCAAUUCAAAAAGUGUUUUUGGAGAUAAUUCCAAACAUGUGGAGCAAGAAAACAAAAGGCUGACUUACCUAACUCUGUAGACACCAAAGGAGUCUCUAGAGUUAACCAACCCCGUGAACGUGUUUGAUGACUUGUCAUUUUAAAUCUUAACAGAGAAGAUGGGUAAGUCGGAAGCUUUGUAAACAAAAAGAGUGUAAUGAUGUGAUCUACGUUCAAAGAGGUCCAGCCAACCUUUUGGAAAAGAAUACAGUGAUAGCAUUGUGUCAAGUCACUCCAGUUCAAACUGACCGUGGCGUGUGCACAAAGUAGCCCAUCAUAACUUUUUCCAACUGAUCUGUCAAUGGCACCUGCUAAAUUCAGGGCAUCGAUAUUGUUGAGAAAAGUAUCAAAACCUUUGUAGUUCUCGAUGGCUGAAGUUAUAUCUUUCAAAAAAGUUGCGAUAGAAAGGAUUAUCAACACAUACUGAGCAGCUCACGUUAUAGACAGAAAGAAGCAUGCUACAUGUGAGACCAAUCCAAACUCAUCUCCCGGCAUGUCCAGCCCAUCCAUUAUCUCAGCCAAUCAUGGCUAGCGGGAAGGUUCCUGUCUUUGUCUGUGUCUAAAUCAACUAGGCUCGUAAUUUAACAAUUGUAUUUGUGUUUACAGAUGGAAUACAAGUUUGUUAUUAAGGCAUAUGAAGGUUCAUAUGUUCCAGAAUACAUUUCUGCCAAAAAAACGCAUUUUGAUAAACAUCAAAAAAAUGUUAAAAUGCCUCUCCUGUGUGAGCUUCCUGAAAAGGGUCACAUUUGACAGUUUUCCAGAAUUUAGUUGGGUUCCCCUUACAAUCAGAAAGAUUGGUUACAUAAGAAUCAGAAUUAGCCUUUUUGAUAUGUUUUACACAUUGAUCAUCAGUUGCCUAAAAUAUUGCCAAUCUGGGCCUAAACCUGUGUUCCUGGCCUUGACCCAGGCUAAAUGUAUCUUAUGAAUGACUUCGGAUAAAUCAGGAAUGAACCAAGCAUUCAAUCUACCUUUAACUCUCAAGAAAGCUUAAAGCUAAGUCCGGUUCAGGGAUAGCUGCGAUACAAUCAAGGUCACUAAAAUAGCUUGUUCACUAAAGUUUUUUUAAGUUCCUCUUAGUGUUGACAUGAGGCUUAUGAGUGAUACAUCGUGUCAUCCAUUCCCUCCCAAUCCCAUCUAGUCAGGCUCCACUGACUGAGACUGAUUUGACUGUAUUAAAGAACAGGAGCCCUGCAGGCCUGAUAGGCAGCAGUUAUUUGGGUCUGGUACACGGGACCAAGUCACUGAAACAUCCGGACCUCCAGGACACCAACGGACACCGCAGCCAACACUCCACUUCACUGGCCCAGCUGUGA